AACUGCUGUUUCAGAAUAAUUGCAAUUUUUGGAUUUUGCCAGAGACAGUCACGUGCAAUGACGGAGCAGAUCAUAUUUAGCAACAAAAAAGAGAAAUCAUCGUGUACCGAGGCAAAUUCUAUACCGGGAGAAAAAGUAAAAACCUUUGGAAAAUUUUUAUAAAUUUUAGUGGCAGACUGUGAGUGAAACAGUAGCCAUAUUGAAGAAGAAAAGCGAGUGGCGCGGGACUAUGGGCGUUCCUUCGGUGUCGUCUGCAAUGUGUCAAAUGGCUCCGUCAAGUCAUCCAGUGUUGCAGCGAAAAAAGAAAAUAUCAGCAGGCAGCCGAGUGACGUUUGACGGAGACAGAAAACAAACGCCAAGAAAUAUUUUAAUCUAAGCACACUUGCUCAAUAAACGGUCAGUCAGCAUUUGACUUUUUUACAUGGAACACGAAUAAACUUGUCAAGUUUUCACCCGCGGACAAAAGCGUCAUAUAAAUCACGGGGAUUCUUCUUUUUUAAAAAAUAUUCCAAUGGUUACUCGCGGUGAAAGAAUAAUCCUCGAAUGAACGAAGCCAUAAAAUUUAUGAAAUUUAAAGCAUCGCCAAAAAACGACAGUCCUCGAAGUUCUCUUUAUGUCAAGUUAGAGGUUAAGACAGAGACGACCCGUCUAGAAAAUCGUGUCUUUCAGAGCGCGAUUUUAAUUGAUUCAUUGUUCCUACGUGACAAAACAUCAUCGCGCCUGAGGAUGUGAUUAAUCAUGAAAACAUUGUGGAAAUAUGUGAAAAGUGACGAAUCAACGACGAGCGAGUUUCGAAGAGAGGAAAUAUCCUUGAUACAUUAAUGACAGUUGAUAAACUGUUAAAGUACAUUGAAAAAAAAUCUUUUUCUAUUGAAACUCCAAAAGCUCUUUGUUGUUGAACAUCGAAAAUUGAUCCGUUGGUAAUCGAUAGAAGUCGAUAUCGAAAAACUCGUAAUUAAAAGAUUUAAAUGGAGUAUUAAAUUACUAAAAAUUUGAAUCAAUAAAAACUCGUGCAACAAAGAACGGCCAGUUGUAUACUAAAAUUACAAAAAAAAAAUCGUGCGCAGUGACUAAAUAAUUUUGAUUCCAAAAAAUCAUCAUUGUAAUAUCCAAAAUAACGCAGAAAAUUUAUGAAAAUGUCAGGAAAUAAUACAACCAUGGUUGGAGCCCCAAGAAGUGGAAACACAGCAAACAGAAAUUCGCAAAGAUCCACACUUUUGAAAGUAGUGAUUUUGGGUGAUGGCGGAGUUGGCAAAUCUUGCCUCAUGAAUCGAUUUGUUUCUAAUCACUUUGAAGAAUAUAGUUUGCACACUAUAGGUGUUGAAUUUUUGAACAAGGAUAUUGAAAUCAAUGGCGAGGCCUACACUCUCCAAAUUUGGGACACCGCUGGACAGGAAAGAUUCAAAACUCUCAGAACUCCCUUCUAUCGCGGCUCAGACAUUUGCCUGCUCACUUACGCUGUCGACGACAGAACAAGCUUUAGAAAUUUGGCACUUUGGAGAACAGAAUUUCUUUAUUAUGCUGACGUUCAAGAAGGAUCCACAUUUCCAUUUAUUGUUGUGGGAAACAAAGUGGAUGUAGCUGAAUCAGAGAAGCAAAUUUCAACAGAAGAAGCAAGAGCUUGGUGCGCGGAGAAUGGAGAUCCUCCGUUAGUGGAAACAUCAGCGAAGAAUGCAACAAAUGUAGAAGCAGCAUUUGGAGCAGCAGUGGCGGCUUGGGCACGUUUGGAAGCAAGAUUAGAACGUCCACUGGUCGAGGACACGGUUGAUUUAUCAAAACAACAAUCGCCCCAUCGUUCGAGCUGUUGCAUGCCGAUUUCAGGGGCUGAGUAGGUUUUUUCUUGCCAGAUUGUAUAUUCAUAUGAUAUACAUGUAUGAAAACAUAUAUAUGAAAUAUAAAUGGAUAUUUAUAUUUCAUAAUAUUUACAGUUAAAUAUAGCAAUUUUUACCGCCGAAAAUAUUCAAAGUUUGCAUGCAUGAAACGAACAAAAGUAUUUUAUCUCUGCUCGCACGUAUUGAGAGCUUGUGUGGAAAAUUUCAAUUAAGACUGCGAUGGAAGUGAUGUUGUAUUCUUUUUUUGUUUGUGGCGAACCAAAGUUUUUUCAAACAGCUAUUUUCGUGUUAUCUUGAGAGAAAGGAAAGAAUGAGAGUAGAGAGAUUGGUACAUGUUUGGAAUUGUAGAUAUAGAAGAACUGGAAGUGGGCUCGUUGAAUUAUCUUGGGAAAUAGGAUUUCAAAACUCUUUAAAUAUUACAUAAAAAUUAUUUCCAUCAUCCCAUGGUUUUCAACACUGGAAAAGUUGAAAACUCAUUGGCUCUAGUUUACAAUAAUUUUAGCACAUUCUGUCAAAACUCUAGCCCUUUCUGUUGUCAAUAGAAAAUGGAGAGGAAUAUAAAAAUAUAUUGAAAAAAUGGUAAAGGUGAUGUCCAUGAAUCAACGAGUCCAUCUCUGAUCGAAAGUGUUUUUUUUUAUUGAAUUGAUAAUCUUAAGGGCUUUUUAUGAUCUCCCUGAUAAUCUAUCAGGUGAAGAUUAUUUAUGUAUUAUUUCAUUUUGAAUUGCAAUGAAUUGACGUUAUAGGAAUGAUAUCGACUGAUCAAUGUGCGUUCACAAUAAUUUAUUCUCAAGCACAAUCUCUAUUAUUAUUUCCACUGAGACUAAAAUUCUAAAAAUCUAAAGUCUUAUACGCAGCCUAAAUUUUGUGUUUUCUAGGUCUAACAAAAUAAUUUGAUGGAAACGAAAAGCAAACUAAAACAAAAAAUCACUCCGAUCAACGCAACGAUUCGUUAAUUCUUAAAUCAACCAUAUUUCCCCCCAAACCCUCAAAAAUGAUUGCCCAGUUACACGAAACAAAUAGGAAAGAGAAAGAGCGCCAUAUUGGACUAUUUUAUAAUAAUUGUAUAGCAAUCGUAAUAUUUUAAGAUUUAAUAUGUGAAAUGAGAGAGAAAGAGAGGGAAAAGAGAAAAGUGAUUUUUUCGCUAAUUGUACAUUAACGGAUCUCAGCGAUAAUUAAAUCGAAGUACACUGCUUGCGAAAUAAUGGGAAAUCAGAGCAAAAAUUCUUCAGACCAGAGUCGUCACGUCGACUCGAAAAAUAAAAAAUUGGCAGCAAUCUAUCGUCAAAAAGUGUACCGUACUCUGUGCAGCUCCUGAGGUUUUCGCAGUAUUGAAAAAUAUAUAAAUAUAUAUUGAUAUAUAACUGGUAACACCAUUGGCUUGUGAUAAAAUUAGUUUUCAUCGUGAUUCGCUUGAUUACGGUUCAUAGACGCGAAUGACCUACGUUUUGGUAAUAAAUAUAAAAAAAUAUAUAAAUAUUAUUAUUAUAUAAAUAAAUAUAUAGCUUUGUCACGUGAAAAAUCGCCUUAUCCUCACAGCAAGAGCUGUGAGGCUGAGAGCAGUAUAUUUUCUUUUUUCAUUGCUUGCAAGUCUUUCGUUAAAUAUUUGGCAUCCGUCCCUCGGUGCAGUACACGGAUUUACGAACGAUUUAUUCUAUGUAACCAUCUUACAUUGCAAAGAACUUAAAAUUUUCCCGCGUACUCCCGACACUGCUCUCAGAAAAAAAAAACAAAAACAAAAUGAUGGAGAAAGAAGUGUAUGCAGUGUUAAUUUUAGCAUAAGCGUUCUCGACGAACCGAAAUAUUUACAUUGAAGCAAACGCGUCUCUGUCGCAGAGUUGGGUAUCUUUUUUAAUAUUUUAGAGUCAAUCUUUAAUUCACUGACUAAUUAUUUGUCGACGGCGAUUGCAUAGUCCGGUUUUUAUCCCAGUUUUAUCUUCAUUGAUCUCGUUUCCAAUCGAUCGUGUGAUGAAGUAUUUCACGUGGUUAAUCAAUCUGACGAGAUUUCAAUUGGAAUAAAAUGAGCAAGAAAAAAGUCAAUCUUCGAAGUAGCGAAAUGUUUAUUUAUCGAGAAAUUCACCACGCUCAACUCUGCGUUUCAAAUCUUCGUACGGAGUUCGUAAUUUACGUUACGAAGUGAAAAAUGUGUUUAUUCAAAUUCCAUCGAUUUCUACGUUAGCCAGCGAACGAUCUAAUUUAAAUGGUGCUUUUUUGUACGAUUUAUCGCAAACCUAAGAAUAUUUAGACCUUGCAGAGCGCUGCAGCAUAACGUGUAGAAAGAAAAAAUAUUUCCAUUAUAAAAGAAUUCAUAUCAUCACGAAACAAAUGAAGAAACGAAUAAAAAUCAUCACAGAGAAAUCCCUCGUUUCCUUCUCAUCGAUUGUAAAAUAUAUGGGAAAAAUGAUAAAUUUCAUACACAAUAUAUAUUUUGGAACAUUUGGGAGAUAAUCGUGAGAGGAAAAUGAUCAAGAUUGCUCAAAAUAAACGAUAUUCCACGAUACCGCCGAAUGGGCGUCGUCUCUAUUUAAGAAAUAUCGGUGUCAUAGAAUCGGAAGAAUUUUUGUAAUCGAAUCAGAGCGAAAGGAAAUAAUAAAAAUGCGAUAAUGCAAAAAAAAUCGAUAGUUCACAAUUUUAUCGAUUACUCCAGCCAAACUAAUCGCGCGAAUGAAUCAAUAAGUUUUCCUGGCAUGUUUACAGAGGAAAAGAAAUAAUACAUUGUAUUGUAAACGAUGUGUCUAUGCCUUAAGGAUUUUUGUAACGAUGUCUCGUCGAGGUACUUCCAGGAAAAUAAAUAAAAGGUUGACACUC